AUGCCCUUUUCUUCUCUUUCCCCACCCAUCACUCUCUCUAUGUCUCUCUCACACUUGCUAAAACUAGCAAAAGCCAUUUCUCUUACGGAAACUCCCAUUUUAAACCUUAUUUCACUCUCAUUGGCUCACUAGCCCAGACACAUCCACAAAGCAAAAAGUUUUUUGGAACCACAGAUCUAGAGAGAAGCUCAGUUUGAAGAUUUGGUCUAACGUUUCUUCAGUGAAAACAUCAUCUUAAGGGUUUGCACUUACUCUUUCUCUUACGAUCUCUUUCUCCUGCUCAGCUUUCAAAUGGAUUGGAUUGGUUCAAGAAUCAAGUUUAGGAACAAAGAGCGUCUUGAAGAAGUGAAGAAGAGGAAACCAGCAGAGGAAGAGGCUCACGUGUCUUCUCGCCGGAAACGAAAGCGGAAGAGAAGAAGAAGGGACCAUGAUUCUGACCUUGAAGACAUCACCGAGACUUACCACAACAACAACAAUCUCUCUGCCGAUGUAACUCAAAGCAAGUCCUCUGGUAGUGUAAGAAGAAGAAGAAGGAGAAAGGACCAUGACUCUGACAUUGAAGACAUCACCGAGACUUACCACAAGGACCAUGACUCCGACCUUGUAGAUGACACCGAGACUUACAACACGGACCAUGACUCAGACCUUGUAGAUGUCACAGUGACUUACAACAACAAUCUCCCUGCUGAGGUAACUGAUAACAACUUCUCUGAUAGUGGUGGUGUAAAAAGAACCGAGUCUGAACACAACAUGGAGGAGGAGGAGAAGGAGGGUUUGUUUAGUGUUAGGGUUGAGGAAGUAGACACAUCAGUUCCGGGCCCCUCAGGGUUGAGUAUUAAGGAUAAGUUGUUGUCUGAUGAGGUUUUGGAUUUGGAUGUGGCUAAAACAGUUACUGAUGAGAAUCUUGAUUUGGAUAUGGUCAAAUCAGCUCCAAGCUUGCCUGAUGAGGUUUUAGGCUUAGAUGUGAUCAAGACAGUUCCAGAGUUGUCUGAUGAGAUUCCGGAUUUGGAUGUGAUCAAGUCAGUUCCUAGCUCCUCCUCUGAGUCAAGCAUUCAGCAGAAGUUGUGUGAUGAGAUCAUGGAUGUGAUUAGAUCAGCUGCAAGCUCCUCAGAGUCAAGUAUUAAAGAGAAAUUGUCUGAGGAGAUUAUGGAUGUGGAUGUGGUCAAAUCAGUUCCAAAGUUGUCUAAUGACAUUUUGGUUGAGGAUGUGGUCAAGUCUGUUCCUAGCUCCUCUGGGUCAAGUAACAAGGGGAAUGAGAGUUUGGAUUCUGAUGUGGUCAAAUCUGUUACAAGCUCCUCAGGGUCAGAAGAGAACAUAAAGGACAAGUGUUCCUCUGAGGUUAGAGGAGUGGAAGCUGCAAAACCAGUUCCUACUGAGAUAGAGAUCAUUUCAGAUUCUGAGUCUGAAACCAAACAUUCAGCCAAGAAGAAGCUUUCUUUUGCUGAGUGUAGCAGAGUCUUAGACUCCACCAGUGAAAGCAGCGAGGAAGAAGGAGCUAGUGAAGCCAAUAAUAACGCUAAAGAUGAUGUAACCGUGGAGUCUUUGUCCUCUUCUUCUUCUUCAUCAUCUUCUUCUUCUUCAUCUUCAGCUUUAUCUUUAUCUUCCUCUUCCUCCUCCUCCUCAAGUGAAGAUGAAGUCAGUUCAAAGGAGGUGGUUGGAGAAUCAGAUGAUGAUGAUUGUAGAAAGGCCAGUUCACCAAUCAGGAAAGUAUCUGAAGUGAGAAGGAAGCCUUUGGGAAGGUAUAAAAGAGCUGGUCCUAGCUCAAUUACGCCUAGAAAACAGUUACUGAAGAUUCGGAAACUAAACCAUCCAGAAGAAGAAGAAGAAGAAGAUAGGUUUCAAGCCAAGCCUGUAAAAGAGUUCAAAAGGAUUCAGAAGCUUAACCUUCAAGAAGAAGAAGAAGAAGAUAGAUUCCAAGCCAAGCCUGUACAAGAGUUCAAAAGGCUUCAGAAGGUUAACCGUCAAAAAGAGGAAGACGAUAGAUUCCAAGCCAAGCCUGUAAAAGAGUUCAAAAGGAUCCAAAAGGUUAACCGUCCAGAAGAAGAAGAAGAUAGAUUUCAAACCAAGCCUAGGAAUGAGGACAAGACUCUUCAGAAGCUUAACCUCCAAGAAGAAGAAGAAGAUAGAUUUCAAGACAAGCCUAGAAAUGAGGACAGGAGGAUUCAGAAGUUCCACUGUCCAGAAGAAGGACAACAACAUAAAGAAGUUGAAAGAGUAACAAAGGAGCAUAGCAAUGUGGUGUUCACUUGUGUUCACUGUAGCAAAGAGAAUACAGGAAUCUUUGAUUCAGACAGCUGUUGCUUCAGACCACAUGCUAUCACAAGAGGUGAAGAAGAUGCUGAUGAUGAUGAUCUGAACAAAAAUGAUUAUGUUCCGCCUGAGAAGCCCUCCACAUCCAGACCUGAAACUGAGAAUCCAAAAGAAGUCAUAACACCUGCAAGACUGUCCACAUCAAAACCUGAAACUGUGAAAGCAAAAGAGAUCCAAGCUCCAGAAAUGCCGUCAAGACAGUUUUCACUGAAGACAAGUAUGCCUGUUACAGCUGCAGAAGGGUUAGCCACGCCUGCUUUGGUGAAUGAGCCAGUGGAUAAUGAGUCUGCUUCUUCCAUCAGCUCUGGAGAUGAAUCCGGAUAUGAAUCUGAGCCUUCGCUAAAAGAGAAAGAGGCAGCCAAGUCUAACAACAACUCCGGGUGGAGAAUGCUGGAUGGGAGCCGUAAAGAAGUUGAUCUCUUCAGGCUUCUUGUGAACUCUGUCAGGGAGAAUGAUCGGUUAGGGGAAGAAGAAGAAGAUGACAUACUUGUCUCUUCACCUGAGGAAGAGCAACCUGAAGAACAAGAUGAAAGAAAAUACGAUGCUGAUGGCUUGCUGAUCAUCAGGCCACCACCACUGGUGGAGAUGUUUGGCAUGGUGGAGCCUGCACCACCUGUGGUUUCCGAGGCGCAGAUAGAAGAAGAUAAGAUGUGGGAAGAGGUGGCGUUUUACACUAAUGCAAACGAAGUCGAUCUCCAGCUUCAGUCAGAGAUUGAGAAAGAGAUAUCAGCUGAUGAUAGUCCAGGAGCAGCUUGUAGACAAGGGAAUCACGAACUUUGUCUAGAUCUUGAGAUCGGCUUGAAGUGCAUACACUGCUGCUUUGUGUUGAGAGAGAUCAGAGGACUAGAUGUAUCUGAAUGGGGAGAGAGGAACACAAGUGGAAGGAGAAAGAAUGACAGAUCAGAAGAGGAAGAAAACAGCAACAACAUCAUUGGGAGCCUUGAGUUUGAAGCUAACGGCAACAACAACAACUUGAAGGAAGGAUGUGAGUCUACUCAAGGGACUGUUUGGGAUAAGAUCCCAGGCGUCAAAUCUCAGAUGUACCCACACCAGCAAGAAGGCUUUGAGUUCAUCUGGAGGAACUUGGCAGGUACCAUUAUGCUGAACGAGCUUGAGGACUUUGAGAACAGUGAAGAAACCGGAGGAUGCAUCAUGUCACACGCUCCAGGGACAGGGAAGACUCGUCUCACCAUCAUCUUCCUUCAAUCCUACCUGGAAUGCUUCCCUAAUUGCAAACCUGUGAUCAUUGCUCCUGCAAGCCUGCUUCUCACAUGGGCUGAGGAGUUCAAGAAAUGGAACAUAAGCAUUCCCUUUCACAACCUCAGCAGCUUGGAGUUCACUGGGAGAGAGAACUCAGCUGCUUCAAAGCUUCUGAUGCAGAAGAACUCAAGCGCUAGAAGCAAUAAUGAGAUAAGGAUGGUGAAGAUAUACUCUUGGAUCAAAUCAAAGAGCAUACUCGGGAUCAGUUACAACCUCUACGAGAAGCUUGCAGGAGUUAAGGACGAGGACAAAAAGACAAAAGGGAAACCAGACAAGGAGCUGGAAGACAUCAGAGAGAUACUCAUGGAUGUGCCUGGACUGCUUGUUCUUGACGAGGCGCAUACCCCUAGGAACCAGAGAAGCUGUAUAUGGAAGACACUGUCCAAGGUAGAGACACAGAAACGGAUCUUGCUCUCUGGGACGCCUUUCCAGAACAACUUCUUGGAGCUUGGGAACGUCUUGGGCCUUGCGAGGCCUAAGUACCUAGAGAGGCUCAUGUCCACGCUCAAGAAGAGUGGUAUGACAGUAACCAAGAGAGGGAAAAAAGCUUUGGGGGAUAAAAUCAACAACCGUGGGAUAGAGGAGCUUAAGGCUGUGAUGCUUCCCUUUGUGCAUGUUCACAAAGGAAGCAUUCUUCAGAAGAGCCUCCCCGGUUUGAGAGAGUGUGUUGUGGUGUUAAACCCUCCUGAUCUCCAGAGGAAAGUCCUGGAGUCUAUUGAAGUCACUCACAACCAGAAGACCAAGAAUGUGUUCGAGACUGAACACAAGCUAUCUCUGGUCUCGGUUCAUCCUUCUCUCGUCUCUCACUGCAAACUCACCGGGAAAGAGAGUUUGACUAUUGAUGAAGCCUUGCUUGCGCAGUUGAAGAAGGUGAGGCUUGAUCCAAACCAAAGCGUGAAGACAAGGUUCCUCAUGGAGUUCAUCAAGCUGUGCGUUGUGAUCAAGGAGAAAGUGCUUGUGUUCAGCCAGUACAUUGACCCUCUGAAGCUGAUAAUGAAGCAUUUGGUGAACUGGUUUAAAUGGACCGAAGGGGAAGAGGUGUUGUACAUGCACGGGAAGCUCGAGCAGAAGCAGAGACAAACCCUGAUCAACGAGUUCAACGACCCCAAGUCCAAGGCCAAAGUGUUGUUAGCUUCGACGAAAGCGUGCUCUGAAGGGAUCAAUCUUGUGGGAGCGUCGAGGGUGAUACUACUAGAUGUUGUGUGGAACCCUGCGGUGGAGAGACAAGCUAUAAGCCGUGCUUAUAGGAUCGGGCAGAAGAGGAUUGUUUACACGUACCACUUGGUUGCUAAAGGAACUCCAGAGGGGACUAAAUAUUGUAAGCAAGCGCAGAAGGAUAGGAUCUCGGAGCUGGUGUUUGCGUGCUCUUCGAGGCCUGAUAAGGGGAAAGAGAAGAUUGCUGAAGCUGUGACUGAGGAUAAAGUGUUGGACACUAUGGUGAAGCAUCUGAACCUUGGGGAUAUGUUUGAUAAUCUCAUUGUUCAACCAAAGGAAGCUGACUUAGUUGAAGGCUUCAGCAUACUCAUGCCAUGACUCUCUCUUCCUUAUAUUCUAUUUAAUCUUGUAAGACUUAUUAAUGUAUGUCUUUGUGGGAUUGUUAUCUGAGUAUCUCCAUUCUCAGAGAGAAACAAACUUGGCUUUUGUUUGCACUUGUGUUGUCUGCUAUGAACUGUGAGUAAUCAGGUUUUAUGUUAUAUAUGUUGCA